GUAGUUCCGCCCUCCAGGAAGAUGGCGGCGGGUAAUGGGGGGUUCGGGCGGCGUCGGCGUGGGGCGCUGCGGCUGCUAAUGCGGGUUGGGUCGGUGCUGCUCACACGUUUCCCGUUCUGGCACUGCCUCAGCGGCCUCCUCCUCAAUGCAGAGCGUGCCGAGGCCCGCCGAAAACCAGACAUCCCUGUCCCGUUUCUCUACUUUGACAUGGCUGCAGCGGUGCUGUGCGCCAGCUUCAUGUCCUUUGGGGUGAAACGUCGGUGGUUUGCCAUAGGGGCAGCCCUACAACUUGCUGUCAGCACAUAUGCAGCAUAUGUUGGAGGCUAUGCACACUAUGGAGAUUGGCUGAAGGUUAGGAUGUAUUCACGGACGAUAGCCAUCAUUGGGGGCCUCCUGGUCUUGGCAAGCGGUGCUGGUGAAAUCUACCGCCAGAAACCACGGAACAGGUCACUGCAGUCCACUGGGCAAGUUUUCAUUGGCAUCUACCUCAUUUGUGUGGCAUACUCCCUUCAGCACAGCAAGGAAGACCGCCAGGCCUAUCUCAAUGGCAUCCUCGGUGGCGAAAUCACCCUCCAACUUCUCUUUGUGCUGUAUGGUGUUCUCGCCCUCUCCUUCCUCUCUGGCUAUUACGUCAUCUUAGCGGCCCAGAUCCUCUCCGUCAUUCUCCCUCUGGUGGUCCUCUUUAUUGACGGGAACUUGGGCUACUGGCACGAGUCCCAGCGAGUUGAAUUUUGGAACCAAAUGAAGCUCAUUGGACAGAACGUUGGGAUCUUUGGGGCCACCAUCAUUUUGGCCACGGACGGCUGAGAGCAGAAACUGCAAGACCUCAAGUGUGGUGCUUGUUUGGGGCAGGGGGGAGAGAGAGAAAUGGCAAAGAAGGGACUUGGUUAUAUUUUUUUAAUCCCCCUAUUUAUUUUUGUUUUAUCAUUACUCCUUCUUAAAUAGCUAUUGCCCCUUCCUGUUGGCAGCUAAAUGGACAGUUCCUUCAAAGUCCCAAGCCAUUCUGCUGUUCUUAAACCGCACAAAUGAUGAGGAAUUUGCUUGCCAGCCUUCCUGCGUUCUGGCAUGAGCGACACAGAAUGGUUGAUGAACCUACACUGUCAGAUGUUCGGGAUCUUAAUCUCCAGGGGCAGGGAUGGCGGGGUUUUUUUUCUGUUUCGCAUAAUCUCCAUUUUGUAAGUUAAAGACCACUGGAUGAAGCAAACUGGUUUUGAUAUCGCUUUGCAUGCUGCUGCUGGGGCUGGACCCCCAUUCCUUGUGUUAAGUUGCCUAUGGCACAGAGGUUCUGACUAUGCUUUGUAUGGUAAUCAAGAGCAUCCAGAUAGUAGAGAUGGUCAUAGAGUAUGCAGUUCUUUAUCUCAAGCUUCCUCAAUGUGGUGGCCUCCAGAAGUGGUGAAAUAUCACUUCACUCAACCUACAACCAGUUGGCUGUGGGAUGAUGGGAACUGUAGUCCAUCACAUCUGGAGAGUGUCAGGUCAGGGAAGGUUAUAUCUAACAGGGUUGAGGAUCUGAAAGUUCUUAGAGAAAUU